AUGAUCGAGGGACGGAUUGGACCAUCAAAUCUAUCAGUGCCAGAAGUGAGUGGGGGACAAGUGAAACUCAGUGAAACUGCUCAAGAUGACGCAAGAUUAUCGAACUUAUCAGUUAAAGAAGCCAGUGAAGAACAAACAUGUAUAGGAAUAAAACCGAAGAAAUUAUGGUUCAAAUCGUAUCAAAAGGAAUCAUCCAAACAGGAAGAACAUACGGGUCAGGAUGACGCAAGAUCACUGAACUUGCCAAUUCAAGAAGGGAGUAAGGAACAAACAGGAAUAGAAAGGAAAAGGAAAAUAUCAAGAACUGAUACGACUCGCACAGGUGAGAAGCGGUUCAAAUGCGAUAUAUGCGAAGAAAAAUUCACUCGAAAAAGGGAUCUGGUUGUACAUAAUAUAACUCACACAGGUGUGAAGCCGUUCACAUGCGAUAUAUGUGAUAAAAGAUUCACUCGAAGUGAUUAUGCGCUUGAAC